GUUUCAGAUUUCACAAUAUUCUGAUAAAGAAAAGUAGAGCAAUUGAAUGCGAUUUAAGUUAAAAGCCAUCAUUUGCAAAGUUAAUUUUUGAACAAGAAAGCCUGCAAAGUCGAACCACAGAACAGAGCUUCUGUAUUGUUCAGUAUUGUAUAUUUCAAUGGAGGAAACAAAACAGAUAGCCUUCAUCUACGAAGAGUCAUGUGAUUGCAGUGCUAUUAAAAACGAAUGAAGCAGAAACGAUGUUUACCUUCUAUAUUUAAUUAAAAAUAAAAAGAUAUACGUUGUGUUACUCAUCUGCUUCAAAGCUUGAACUGUUUUGUUUAUGAAUGAGGAGGACUUCCUGCAAUGUUUUUUCUUUCAACCUAGCUACAUACGUCAUGUAAUACUGCGGUGUGAAAAAGUUUGUCACAUACUGUAUUGCAUGUCACUUUACCAGUGUGUUGCACUUACUGUAGCACAGUGGAAAAACAACUUUACGGGCAACAUGGCUCCAUAAGUAAUCAUAUUUGCCCUCUUUUUUAUUCAACAGAUUGUGACUUGUGAAACAUGGCCAAUAAGGAGGAACUAGAAGAAAAGCUUAAAAAAUUAAUUGUGAGGUUAAAAAAUGUCCAAGAAGGAAAGCAACUGGAUACACUUAUUCAGAUUCUUGAGGAUUUACUCUUCCUUACUUUUGCUGGCGACUGUGCAACAGAAUUAUUUGAAGAUAAAGACGUUCACCUGCCUUUAAUGGUGGUCUUAGAUUCUUACAUUGACAGUCAUGCUGUACAAGAGGUGGGAUGGUCAUUGCUCUGCAGACUAAUGGAAGUUUGCCCUUCUACUUUGGAAAAGUUAUCAGCUCCACAAGUUGAAAAAGACUGGGAAGUACUGGGAAUACACCAGCAGAUUCUGAAGAUGCUGUCUUUGCACAAUGGCCAUUCAAAGCUGAUGAUGAUUGGACUCAGAGCUUUAUCGCAUCUUUUACAGUCAGAUGCAAUUUUGUUAAUGAUCUUAGAGGAAAAUAUUGAUGUCUUCCUUUUGAUUGUUGAUGCAAUGACUGUCUUCUGCUCAAAUGAGGAAAUCCAGAUCUACGGAUGUAAAUCAUUACAACUGCUUCUAGAAAAGGUUCCAGAUGUUCACUUAAUUGAAUUUGUGGAAACUCAAGAUCACAAUGCAAUUCUGAAUGCUGCAAGGCAAUUCCAAGACAAUGAAGACACUGUUCUACAUGCACUGAGAGUCUUGCUUCCUUUGGCUGGUCCUGCCAGCAAUGUUGAAGUUCUUAUGUCAGGAAAUGAAAGAUGUUAUAGUUUGAUAAUGUGUGCUAUGGGAUCAUAUCCAAAUAAUGAAAAACUGCAAGAAGUUGGUUGUCGUUUGUUCCUGAAAUUUACAUCAGAGAGUUAUUAUAACAUCCUUGUAUUAAAUGGAGUACAUAAAGUCAUUGUAAAGGCAUCAGAGAUGUAUCCAAGGAAUGCCAGCCUGCAGGCAUCUGCUCUGUCUUGCUUGGCUUCCCUCACUGAAACAAUCAUUUUAAACAAGGACCUGGAUGAAUGGAAAGAAGAAGACGAUAUCUGCUGGGUGGACUCUUGCGUCCGAGCUCUGGAAUUACACAGAGCUAGUGCAAUGGUCCAGGAAGCUGCUUGCUGGGCCCUGAAUAACCUUCUGGUGUAUGAAAGUCAGCUUCACGAAAUGUUUGGAGAUGAUGAGGGGAGGUACCCAGUGCAUAGGCAGGUGAUGGCUUCUAUGCUUUUGCAUUCAUCUUCACAAAGAGUUUUCCAAGCUGCUGCUAAUACAUUAGCAACACUGGUUGAUCAGAACAGUAAAAUAAGAGCUCUACUGUUGUCAAAUGGGUUACACAUUAAUAUUAUCGAUAUGAUGAAAAAACACUCCACUUCUCCUGAUGUUGCAGAGAGUGCAUGUAGGCUACUUUAUAAACUUUUCCAAGUAAGAAUGACAACCCUUGAUGAAGUGACCAUGGCCAUGGCUGAGAUAUUAAAUGCCAUGAAAACCCAUAACUCUGUGCUUUCAGUUCAGCUUGAGGGACUUCGAGCUAGCUUGAUGUUGCUUAAUCCAGACAGAAGACUGAAAGAGCAUGGAUCUUCUGUAGGUGAUCCUGACAUGGUAGAUGUUACUCUGAAAGUCCUUAAAAAUCAAUGUGUCUUAGAGGGAGCCCACACCGUGUUUUUAGAAGCAUUGAACAAGUUCAUUGGCAGUCCAGCCAUUCAGGAGUGUGGCCUAAAUGUGCUUUCUGCCCUGGCUGAAAGUUCGGGUGCAUUGGAGCUUAUGUCUCAGCAAGGAGCAUUAGACACAGUGCUGCACACUCUGCAGAUGUUUUCCGAAGAAAAAGAAAUACACUUCUUGGCACUCAAUCUGCUUCAUUCACUUAUCUCAAAGCAAAAAAUAUCACCAGCAGCUGUCCCUGUUUUGGCAUCUGUUCUUAUGAAAUCUUUACAGCGAUACCAUGACAAUCUGGAAGUUCAGUUCAAGGGACUUCAAGUUGCAUGGAAAUUACUCAAUCUAUCUACAAUUGCUGCUGAAGAGCUUGCAAAGGAGUCUUUCGACACAGUGAUUUUUCAACAGAUGAAUAAUUGUCUUCUUGAACAAAAAAACAAUUCAGUUCUGAACUUGUGCUGCAUGUGUCUUUCAAAAAUGGCACAUGACAGUGACAUUAAAUACAGCAUGCUUGAAAAGGCCUGUGCAGUAUGUGAUAUAGUAAUGGCUGAAUGCCUGAUUCAGCUUGGGGCUGAUAUAAAUAAGAAAACAAAGAAGGAAUCCCUGAUUUGUCAGGUAUGUGAAAGAACAAGUUGUCCAGAACUGGUGGAGUUGCUGUUAAAAAGUGGAACACAUGAGCAGCAUAUUCGAAAAGCCCUGAACAUCAGCAUCAGAAAGCGUGAUGGUCCUGUUAUUAGCUUGCUGUUGAAGAAACUGGGGCUUGAUCUAGCCAACAAUGCCAUCUGUCUGGGUGGAUUUAGACUCGGACACAUUGAAUCCUCCUGGUUAAGUCCAUUGUUUUUGGAACGCAGAACUUGUAGUUUUCGAAGAAGAACAAGCAAAGGGAUUUCGCUAUCUAGAGUCAUUUUAAAAUACCAGAAACGACAGGCUGCCUUGGAGUCUCAGAGAUCCAUUUCUGAUGUGUCCAGUUCGGGAUAUACAUCAGAUGAAACCGAAGACUGGGUGCUUUCACCUCAGGAUGACAGCAGUGCUUUUAUAAAUGAAGACAUAGAAAGUGAUGGUAGCGAUGGGAUACUUCAUAUGAAGAGGAUAUCUCAGUCUGAUCUUUCUGGGGAAUUCCGUGGAAGUUUUGAAACUGCUCAGAAAGUAAGACAUAGAUAUCCCAGUUCUGAGGGAGAAAGUGGGGAUUCAGAGCAAAGUGAGGUGCAUCGUCAGAGGUUGAGCAGGAGGUCGUCAAACCAGCAAAGUAGAUUUUCUUCAAUUCUAACAUCACCAGAGCAUUCAUCUUUGUUUAACGUGGACAAGGAAUGUAUUAAGUUACUUGACCUUUCUGCGAAUGAAUUAGACAGUCUAAACACCAUUGCUGGGCAGAACUCGAUCACAGCUUACUUGGAACACAUAGUAAGGCUGGAGCUGAAUCAGAACAACCUAACAGAAUUUUCUCUGACUCUGUGUGAAACUCUGAAAGGUGUGACUCACUUGGACCUACACAGCAAUAAGUUCCAGUCCUUGCCUACUGGUGUGCUAAGCAUGCUCUCCCUCAAGGUUCUCAAUUUGUCAAGGAAUGACAUUGGCCCUUGCCUGUCACUGGACCCCAUGAUAAGAUGCUCAAACCUGAAGCAGCUUGUGUUGUCCUAUAACCAACUUUCUUCUUUUCCUGACCACCUUGGGCAAGUUAUACAAACUUUGGAGGAACUGUACCUUGAAGGGAAUAAAAUUGCAGAAAUAACUUCUCCACUCCCCUUGCCUGAGCUGAGGGUCUUGGAUGUUAGCAAAAAUGAUAUUAUGGAGAUUUGUGAGAAUUUUCUCUCUGAUUGCCCCAAGUUGGAGUCGUUUAAUGUUUCUAUGAACAAACUCAGACGUUUGCCUGAUCUGCCAUCAAAACUAACAACAAUAAAAUUAUCUCACAAUGAAUUUACUUGCAUUCCAGAUGCAAUUGUUAAGCUUCCCUAUCUGCGAUCAAUUGACAUGCGAAACAACCAAAUCACAGUCCUCCCAAGUCCCUCAGAGUGGGAGUCUAGUAAUUUGAGAGAGCUGGUGUUCAGCCACAACCAGAUCAGUGAGUUAAACAUUAGUGGACCAGUCUACAAGUGGGCCAGACUGGAAAAGCUGCAUCUCUGUAAGAACAAGCUGAAGGAGAUUCCUCCUCAGAUCGGACUCCUUGAAAAUGUGACAUCCUUAGAUGUCAGUAAAAACAGUGACCUAAGGUCCUUUCCAAAUGAAAUGGGGAAGCUGGAGCGACUCUGGGACCUGCCUUUAGAUGAGCUGCAGCUAGACCUAGAUCUGAAACACAUAGGUAGCAAAACAAAGGACAUAAUAAGAUUUCUCCAGCAACGUCUGAAGAAGUCCGUCCCCUACUAUAGGAUGAAACUGAUAGUAGUGGGCAAUUCUGAAAGUGGUAAAACUGCGCUGCUCAACCAGCUCAUGAAACUUAAACGCUCACAGUGUCGCACUGAAAAGAUGGCAGUGGCAAUAGAUGUUAAGGACUGGGCCAUCCGUGACAAAGGAAAAAAGAGCAUUGUUUUAAAUGUCUGGGACUUUUCUGGGCGAGAGGAGUUUUAUGGUUCUCACACUCACUUCCUGACUCCUAGAGCUUUAUAUCUAGUGGUUUAUGAUCUGAGCAAAGGAGCAGCUGAAGUUGACGCUAUUAAGCCCUGGUUAUUCAACAUUAAGGCAAGAGCAUCAUCUUCUCCAGUGAUACUGGUUGGCACCCACAUGGAUGUUGCAGAGGAGAAGCAUCUUCAGGCCUGUGUUGUGAAAAUCAGCAAUGAGCUUCUGAAUCACCAAGGAUUCCCUGUCAUUAGAGACUGUCAUAUUGUCACAGCCACCGAGGACUCUGAUUCCAUUGGGAAACUGCGCAAAGCCAUUGUGAAAGAAGUCAUGAACUUCAAGAUUCAAGAUCAGCCAGUCAUUGGUCAACUGAUCCCUGACAGUUACUUAGAGCUGGAGAAAAAAAUCCUUCAGGAACGUGAGAGAGUGCCAGCAGAAUUUCCGGUCAUUUGCCAGCAACGCUUACUGGAUAUAGUUCAGGAAAAUCAACUUAAUCUUGAUGAAAGUGAACUUCCUCAUGCUAUUCACUUCCUCAGUGAAUCUGGUGUCCUCCUACACUUUGAUGAUCCUGCACUUCAGCUGAGGGACUUGUACUUUGUUGACCCACAAUGGCUGUGUAACAUAAUUUCCCAGAUAUUAACUCUAAAUGGAGAAGGAUUGUCAAAAUAUCCAAAAGGCAUUGUUCAGCGUUCUGUGGUGGAAAACUUCCUUUUUGAAAAAAAGAGUUUCCCCAGAAAUUAUGUUACUCAAUAUUUCAAGCUACUUGAGAAGUUUCAGAUUGCACUGCCUUUUGGAGAAGAUCAGCUUCUUAUUCCUAGCAGUUUGGCUGACAGCAGGCCAGUUAUUGAACUUCCACACUGUGAAAACUCAGAGAUUAUUGUCCGGCUUUAUGAGAUGCCUUAUUUUCCCAUGGGCUUCUGGUCCAGACUAAUCAACCGUUUGCUUGAAGUUUCUAUGUUCAUGCUUUCUGGAAGAGAAAGACCUCUUCGUCCUAAUAGGAUGUAUUGGAGAAAAGGCAUAUAUCUUAACUGGUCUCCAGAAGCUUACUGCUUAGUAGAAUCUACCACGAUGGAUAAUGUCCCUGAGAGUUUCGUAAAAAUCACAGUUCCAUGCUCUCAGAAAGGUAAUAGUGAAAAAGAAAAUGAUGUAUUUCAGGGAUUUCGAGCCCCUGAAGUUGCUCGAGGAAAUGUAAUCUACAAUCAACAGGCUGAUAUCUAUUCCUUUGGUCUGCUUCUUUAUGACCUUCUAACUGGUGGUGAGCGUAUCACAGAUGGGAUGAAGUUUCCCAGUGAAUUUGAUGAGAUAGCUGUGCAAGGAAAACUGCCAGAGCUGGAGGACUCAGUGUUUGAAAGGUUGAGCUCUGGGGAGCUGCUGUGCUUGAUGAGAGAAGUCCCCAUACCUGGUGCUGUGAACGCUGAAUGCUUUGUGGUUUCGAGUCAGUCUAAGAAACCAAGAGUGUGGAUCGGCAGUGGCAGCAGCAGGAGAACAGGCCAGGUUGGAGUUCUGGAUUUAGAGACCGGAAAAUAUGUUCCUCAGGAUGUUGACAACAGCCCAGUGUUAUGUCUUACAAUGGUGUGCUUCCCAGGGGAAAAGGAUGAAUGGGUUGUUGCUGGUACACAGUCUGGAAAACUUCUAGUCAUCAACACAGAGGACACAGCAUCUAAACACACACUGCAGAACAUGACUGAUGCAGUCACCUGUUUGUUCUUGCACUCUUAUCCAAAACAUAGCAAAGAGAAGAAUUUUCUGUUAGUGGGAACAGCAGAUGGAGCCCUCUCAGUUUUUGAAGACACAGCAAUCAAGAGCGAAAAUGGAAAGCCUCAGAAAAUUCUGCAGAUAGGUAACAUCAACACUCCUUUAGUAUGUUUGAGUGAGUCUGCAUAUUCACAAGAUAAAAACACCAUCUGGGCAGGCUGUGGAGCAAAAGUUGUGUCAUUGACCAAAGAUUAUGAUAUCUGGAAAACCAUAGACAUCAAGCCAAACUAUCAGCUACAGCAGAGAUCAUGUAGUGAAACAAACAUAAUACGAAUGGCAGUUGAUAAAUACAUCUACUUAACAAAGAAGGAGAGUCAUGUGGUGGAAAUAUGGGACAAGAAGACUGAAAGGAUGACUGAACUUAUCGACUGUUCACAUUUUCUGAAACAAGGAUCAACUAAAAGACCUCAUAAGAAAUUCACUGCUAAAGAUCUGUUUUCUGUAAGAGUGAAAACACUGUUGCUACAGCAAAACAUCACUUUGUGGAUUGGAACGAGGGGAGGACAUAUGAUUCUUGUGGACCUAUCCACACGCCAGCCUAUCAGAGUGAUUCCUGACUUAUGUGAAUCUAUAAGAAGCAUGGCAAUAGCUCAGAUUGAUAAGAUGAAUCCCAGAAGCAUAGUGUUAGUUUUGGGAAGACCUUAUGAAACAUCUCCAGCACAAUUCAAGUAUCAACACGAGAAUGAAAAAUCUGUUAUGUACAUUUGGAACCAGAACCUUCCUCUUGAAGUGCAAAGUUUGCAGAAACAUUGUGAGAUGAGACAAGAAAUUGCAGAAAAAAUGAGAAUGACACCCUUUGAUUGAACCAAGAGAAUUUGUCUGGGGACAAGUCCGGUGUGUACCAUUAAUAAUGUUUCACACAGUACAGCUGGUACUUUUUGUAAAUUUAUUUAGAUGUAUGCUAUUCUUGAAGUAAGACUAUUAGUGCUACAACAUGUAAAAAGGGACAAUUUUAUUGAAUGUACAAAUUUUUCCUUGCUUAAGCAUUUUAAACCUAAAGGAAAACUGAGUUGCAUAUUACUGAUUAUACCCCAUAUACUUAUUCAACUUAAUUAUAUGCAUACAGUAUGUAAUAAACUUGAAAUUAUUUUGUGUA